GUCUGCCUGAGCUGUUGUUCGCAUCCAGUUCCACCAACAAUCCAUUUCCUCAACGUCGGCUGGGUCACCAGCAGUGUUUCCCGUCAACUCCUUCCCCCGUCACUUUUCUUUUCGGUUGUUAGAUCCGCACAGCAUGAGUUUUCCCAGCGUAACACCACCCUUGGGUGGCCUGGGCGGCGGCGCCCCGAACAUGCAGGGCAUGAGCGAGCAGGAGCAAGCGAUGGUCAAGCUGAUGUACUCCGCGAUGGAGUCCUGUCCUGUGAAGACGGUCAUUGCAGGAACCAUGGGUUUCGGUCUGGGUGGUGUGUUUGGGUUGUUCAUGGCCAGUAUGUCCUACGAUUCCACCUUCACCCCGCAAGGCAAAGCCAUCAUGGACCUCCCCUGGCGCGAACAAGUCCGCCGCGGCUUCAAGGACAUGGGCUCGCGCUCGUGGUCGUCGGCCAAGAACUUCGGCAUCGUCGGCGCGCUGUACUCGGGCACCGAGUGCUGCAUUGAGGGCCUGCGGGCUAAGAACGACCUCACCAACAGCGUCGCGGCGGGGUGCAUUACGGGGGGCAUACUGGGGGCUAAGGCCGGGCCUCAGGCGGCGGCGGCGGGGUGUGCGGGCUUUGCGGCGUUCAGUGCGGCGAUUGAUGCGUAUAUGCGGAUGCCGGGGGAUGAUGAUUGAGUUGUGUUGACUGGCCCUGGCCCCCUGGUCUAGAGUUAGAGAUGGUGUGGCUGUAUAUGUUGUGUUGUAUACAUGGGUUGUCGGCGUUUUCUUCUUUUCCUCCUGUCGGGAUAGAAAUGGGUGCAUUAUGGCGUUGUUUUACUUUCGGUUUGUUCUUCGGUGGCUGUCUAUGGACUCACUACUCCUGUAUAGUAUUUUUUACAUAGGAUUCCAACUCAUACCAAGUGGAACCAGACAAGACAAAACAAAACAUGAUUCGUU